AUGAAACCUCUAUAUCUUGCGAGUAGGCAUGAGUUAACCUCUCGAAUUGUCGUACGAUUAAAAAACAUACAACUAACUAUCUACCCCUCUACCUCGACGAAGAACAUCGUCACCGCACCUCACUCGAUAUCCACCAGCGGGUCAACCUAUCGGGGAGACUGGAGGUUUGCUUCCGCACUAAGUCUACAGACUAUAGGUAAAGAGAAGGCCGUGCACAUUUCACUAGAGAUUGCCUGA